AUAUUUUAUCGAUAACUCCGCAGUCACACUGAUCCCUAGCUACCUAAAUAUAAAAAUAUUUUCAACGAAAACAAAAAAGAAUACAAUUAAGAGUUCUAGUGUACUAAGAGUUCUAAAAAGUGCGCACUCGACUACCCACUCACAACUAUGUCAAAUUAAUUAAUUAAUUAUUAGUAUAAUUAAGACAACCAUGCCAACAACUUUGAAGAUUUAUCAUGAGAAGCAAACAAGGCAGUUAUGUGCGCUCCACGCUCUUAACAAUCUAUUUCAAGAAAAUAUUUACCAAAAGGCAGAACUGGAUAAUAUCUGCAGUAACUUAAGUCCGAACGCGUGGAUAAAUCCUCAUCGAUCUCUUCUGGGACUCGGAAAUUAUGAUAUCAAUGUUAUUAUGACUGCCUUAGAGAUAAGACAUUGCGAAGCCUUUUGGUUUGAUAAACGAAAAGACCCGUCUUGCAUUGACUUGGAUAAAAUUGUGGGUUUCAUACUUAAUAUUCCAUUAGAUUACAAAAUCGGCGCAAUAACAUUACCAUUACGAAAGAGACACUGGAUAGCUGUGCGUCGCAUAGGUCAGCACUACUAUAAUCUGGAUUCCAAACUUCGACAGCCUGAAUUGUUGGGCACAGAAUCCGACGUGCUCCACUUUUUGCGGGAACAGCUUAAGGAAAAGGAACAGCAGCGAGAACUUUUUCUUGUACGUUAUCGCAGCGACUGUAAUGAAUCACAACAGCGAUGGAUAGAAGAAUCGCACGACAUAAAUAAAACAGCAGAUUGAACAUGAUCUUUUACAUCUAAGUUUUCUUGUCGACGAAUUGAACUUGGGCAGCCCCACAUAAUGCGUCGUGUUUAAAUUGUAAAAAGAUUAAGUUGUUGUUAGGCAUGGACAGGAAAUAAUAUUACUUUAGUAUAAAUUAAUUUUAUAAGAAACAUCUCUGUAAGUUUUUUCAAAUCUGCAUCAUAGUACUUGAGAAUAAAAUAAAACUUUAAGUUUGAAA